CUCCCGGCGAGGUUCAGGCGCCGAGCGAGCGGACGGGCGCACGGACAGACGGCCCCCGGGACGCCUCGGCCCGCGCCUCCCGGGCGGGCUAUGUGGAUAGCCCCGCCGGGGCCGGCCCGCGGGAUCAGCACAGCCCGGCCCGCGGCCCCGGCGGCCAGCGGGGACUAUGAACCGGAAAGCGCGGCGCUGCCUGGGCCACCUCUUUCUCAGCCUGGGCAUGGUCUACCUCCGGAUCGGUGGCUUCUCCUCGGUGGUAGCUCUGGGCGCGAGCAUCAUCUGUAACAAGAUCCCGGGCCUGGCUCCCAGACAGCGGGCGAUCUGCCAGAGCCGACCCGACGCCAUCAUCAUCAUAGGAGAAGGCUCACAAAUGGGCCUCGACGAGUGUCAGUUUCAGUUCCGCAAUGGCCGCUGGAACUGCUCAGCACUGGGGGAGCGCACCGUCUUCGGGAAGGAGCUCAAAGUGGGGAGCCGGGAGGCUGCCUUCACGUACGCUAUCAUCGCUGCCGGCGUGGCCCACGCCAUCACAGCCGCCUGCACCCAAGGCAACCUGAGUGACUGUGGCUGCGACAAGGAGAAGCAAGGCCAGUACCACCGGGACGAGGGCUGGAAGUGGGGUGGCUGCUCUGCCGACAUCCGCUACGGCAUCGGCUUCGCCAAGGUCUUUGUGGAUGCCCGGGAGAUCAAGCAGAAUGCCCGGACUCUCAUGAACUUACACAAUAACGAGGCAGGCCGAAAGAUCCUGGAGGAGAACAUGAAGCUGGAAUGUAAGUGCCACGGUGUGUCUGGCUCGUGCACCACCAAGACAUGCUGGACCACGCUGCCGCAGUUCCGGGAGCUGGGCUACGUGCUCAAGGACAAGUACAACGAGGCUGUCCACGUGGAGCCAGUGCGCGCCAGCCGCAACAAGCGGCCCACCUUCCUGAAGAUCAAGAAGCCGCUGUCGUACCGCAAGCCCAUGGACACAGACCUGGUGUACAUCGAGAAGUCGCCCAAUUACUGCGAGGAGGACCCGGUGACGGGCAGCGUGGGCACGCAGGGCCGCGCCUGCAACAAGACGGCCCCGCAGGCCAGCGGCUGCGACCUCAUGUGCUGUGGCCGCGGCUACAACACCCACCAGUACGCCCGCGUGUGGCAGUGCAACUGCAAGUUCCACUGGUGCUGUUAUGUCAAGUGCAACACCUGCAGCGAGCGCACCGAGGUGUACACGUGCAAGUGAGCCCGGGACUCGGCGGCUGGGCGCCUCCAGCUGCAAGUCAGACUGCAGGGGGGACCGGACAGCUUCCGGCUGCAGUCACCCUGGCAGGUCUUGUCCGGGAUCUCGGCGGGGGAAUGCUGAGCUUGUCUUUUCUGCUGUGGGGACACCUCUCCUGGGUUUUCUGCAGGCGCCCGGUGGAAAGAUCUCCCCAGAGCCCUGGACUGUUCUCUUCCACACCCACUGCUGCUCCGCCCCACCCCACACACUGCCUGGUGGGGCCCUCCUCGGCUGGAGCAGAGCCUUUUGCACCAGGAGCUCUGGGCCCUGGGGCCUCAACAUAGCAAUAUUUAACAAUUUAUUCUGAUAAAAAAUAAUAUUAAUUUAUUAAAUUAAAAAAGAAUCCUCCCACCUCAUCGGGAUCCGUUUUCUGCAAUCAAAGUGGACUGCUUGCUUUCCUUGCGGGAUAAUUUUGUUGCUAGGACAAGGAGUCAAGUAGAACUGUACAUAAUUAUCCUUUAUGCAGAUAUUUCUACUAGUUGAUUUUGCAAGUACCGCCCCCCCUUGCAGCACUAGAUGUUUAAGAGCAGACGUCCUUUAUACAUAUAUAGAUAUAUAUACACACACGUUUAUAUUUUUUUGCUGUUUGCUGCUACUUAUCCAGAAAUUUAAGCUGGUCCAGAUUUGGAGUCGUCUCCCAGAUUAUGAUUCCCAUCCUUUAGUCCUCCCCAGCUCAAACUUACACCAGUAGAAGAAUCCAGUUUGGAAUACAGAGAGAGAGGAAAGAUAAUAAUAAAACUCCCAGCAGUUUCCAUCUUUUGGAAAGUGAGCCACUGGAUAAGAGAGAAUAUUUUGUAAGAGACUAUUUUUAUAUGAAUA